AUGAGUCAAGGUUUAUUUACGAACCCAUUUGGGAUUCCUCCACCAUCUGAUGAUUCUUAUGCUUCCUUAAGCCGUUUCAUAGCUGAAUUCUCACAGGCGAUUCCUGGAGACCAGUUUGCCUCGUUUGCAAAUCAACUGUCAAGUCUAAGUGAAGCGCUUAUAUCCAAAUUUCGAGGAGGGACUCGACCGCUAGACAACAUGUCUGAAAUUCGUGGGAUGUUUCAAGCUCUUGACGAGAAAUUUAAGAAUCUAGAAGAUGGACAAAAUAGCCUCAAAGAAGAUAUGAUUCGAGGACAAAAUAGCCUCAAAGAAGAGAUGAUUCGAGGACAAAAUAGCCUCCGAGAAGGACAAAUAAGGCUAGAAGGAAAACUUGAAUCUUUGAACAGUAUUUUUUUAGCUAAUAAGGGUGAUGUCUAUUUACAGUGCCGCGAAAUUGAUUCCAAAGUUAACAAGACAAGAUCUUCAGCGCAGAGAUCUGAAAAUAUCAUCAACAGAUUCGUUGCGAAAGAUACAAAACCGAUUCCAUUUGUUAAUGGACAGGAACCUCCUACCGAGCUACCUGGGCUAAAAACUAUCUCCGACGUUGACAAUUUGAAUCCACAGCAACUGAAAACGUAUACGGAGGGAUAUGGGUUUAAGUAUGACGAGAAUGAGCCUCAAAAGUCUCUUAAAAGAAAAAUCGCAGACUCUGCUGGUUUUGUUACUCACCAGGAUGUUUUAUACGAAUUGUCAGACAGCAAUGAAUCCCUUCGAGACGUAGGAAACCAAAAUAGUGCACCAAAUCAACGGUCAGGUACACGCAGGCUUCGUCAUCAUUGA